AUGGCGGGAAAACAACGGCACAUAGGUAUUGAGGUGUGCAAGCUGUGUGUCCGAGCGCACGGGUCGGCGUCGCGCUCGCGACUAGCCGCGCUAUCGUUCACGCGGCGCGCGCGCAUCGGUACCGUUAGACAAAGAGAGCGAAACACCGCCUUACGUGCGAGCAGUACCAUCGCCUGCGCCCGCGCCCCGUCCGCGACCCAUCCGGAAGCCCCGCGCUGA